UUUGGCAAGUCUCUGUUUGCUUUUGGACCAACAUUGAGUGCCGGCAACAACAACUCUGCUUACAGUCAUCCUCCCAGUGGGUGUGGGCAAGAGCAGCAGCUGAAGCGUCAUCUGCUACACAAUGGGGAGGGGUCUCCGGCCCCCACUUCUCUUCCACCCCCGGGUGGGGUUUGUGGCGACAUGAGGGGGUCAAGCCCAGCCAAAGACAGCCCUGGCCACAGUAAUCGGAACAGUGCGGCCAGCAGCGACAGUGGGCGAGGUUGCAGCACUGGACAUGCUGAUAUUAAA